CAGAAAUGCGCGCCCAUCUUUAGCUUUAGAUAAAGUUAAAAGUCUGGUUUGUUGUUGCUGUUUUUAUGGGGGUUGUUUGCUCUUAUAAUGGCAGUCGGUCAACUCAAUAAAAUGUAUAUUUCAGUCUAAGACCGAAGGCAGAGAAUACGAUGUAGCUAACGAAGCUAUAUCUCUAGACCAUUCAAUAUUUUUUAGUUACUUGCUAGCUAGCUAGUCAUCAGUGUUUACAACAACUAGCUAGAUACGUGUUUCAGACGUCGAUUGACACAAUUUAUGGGCAUAAUUACGGCUUAAUUUGUACUUCAGAUAAGUAUAGCGAUGUCGUGCACCCUGGAAAAGGUGUUGUCUGAUGCUCGGACCUUGCUGGAGCGAUUAAAAGAUCACGACACAGCAGCUGAAAGUCUAAUCGAGCAGUCCAGUGUUCUCAACCAGAGAAUACAUUGCAUGAAGGAAGUCGGAAAUGCUCUUCCUGACAAGUACAUGGAAACAAUUCCAGGAUAUCAGGAGCUGUCUAAAUCCAAACCACACAUUCUCCUGACACAAGAGAACACCCAAAUUAAGGAACUUCAGCAAGAGAACAAAGAGCUUUGGCUUUCUUUGGAAGAGCACCAGUAUGCUCUGGAGUUGAUCAUGGGCCGAUAUCGGAAACAAAUGCUGCAGCUGAUGAUGGAAAAGAAGGAGAUGGAUACCAAGCCUGUGCUCAGCCUUCAUGAGGAUCAUGCCAAGGAGAUGCAGAGCAAGCUGGAGCGGAUUUGUGAGAUGGGCCAGGUAAUGCGCAGAGCUGUACAAGUGGAUGACCAGCACUACUGUUCUGUGAAAGAGAGACUGGCUCAGCUGGAGAUCGAAAACAAGGAGCUGCAUGACCUCUUGUCCAUCAGUAAGACUGUGUUAAAACCACAGCAAGAAGAGGCAAGCCAACCAGACACAGAGCCCAAACCCAAAGUUAUUGACAAGGAGUGAUGAUGUCUGAAGAUUGCUUACAGUUAUGCCUACAGUUCAGUGCAAUGUCUGUUGAACGCUCUCAGGUCACCUGCUGAUGUACAUGUGUGUUGUGGCUUUUUGGUCUAACUGACUGGUCUCAGUGUAACCUGGAAUUUUCUUACCCACUGAAUAGAGUUUUAGGGGGAAUGUUGUUUUCUGUCUCAGGAAAGACGCUCAGCCUCCAUUUGUUUAAAUAGAAGACAAAUCUAUAACAAAUUGAAAUCCUCAUGCAACCUGAAAUUGACCUCAACAUAGAGUGCCUUGCAAAAGUAUUCAAUCCCACUGCACAUUGAUUCUUAGGCUGAAUCAUUCCUGAAUUAUUUUUCUGUUUAGUGCACUUUUGACAAUCCUCUUGGCAUUUUAACUAAAAAAAAAAAUUCAUUAUUCUUCCCACACUCUGUUAUUCAUAUUUAGGAAAAGAGUUGAAAGGAGCCAAUAAAAAUUUUUGAGGACACACUGUUGGUGAGAUUAGUUACCUGCGAUGACGAUUAACAAGCCACUACCUGAAACAAUUAUCCAAAAGAGCAUAGUUUAAUAAAAGAUUCUGAGGCAUCCAGUCAGUGUAUUAGAGCUGAAUAUGUUUGCAGAUGUAUUGUUCAUUGUAUAAAAGUUAUCACUCACUUCUAUUACCUGAUGUUAGCAUGAAAAUUUAAUUUCACCAAAAAAAGUCUCUGGAUAGUAACCAAGUAAAAUACUUUUGCAAGACACUUAUUAACUUUUUUGUAUCCGUGUUUCUGAAUGGCCUGCAGUGUUUAUUCAAAUAAAUGUAUUUCCUCUAUUUCA